AUGCCGAAGUAUGUCCGCCCAUACUUCGACCACCGUGAAUGGGUCCGCGAUGGCAUUACGUUGGGUGAUUUCGAGUCCGUCUGCAACUUCAAGCAUCCCAUUGACCGGUAUGACCUCCGGCAAGUUGGCCCGCACCUCGUGCAGAUGGCUAGCCAGCUCGUUGAGUGCGCCAGCCUCGUAUGUCCAGCACCAAUGUGCGAGGCCGGGCGUGGGCCAAAAUUCCGUCGUCGCGUGAUGGAAACUAUUAGGCGCAUCCACGAGAUAGCCGACGACAUAGAUAUAGUGGUACCAGUGCGAAUCGUGACAGGAAUGGUGGGUAUUAUCGGUGCAGGGAAUUCGUCGUCCAGGACUGUAGUACGGACUGUGCUCCCUCAAGAAUUAAGUCGAAGGGUUGUCGAGGAGCGCAUUUACCAGCCGGCCCCGAUCCAUGAGACAGAGACGAAGACGUGGGUGCAUAGGGCGCAUGGAAGCAAGUAUUUGGCGAGAGUGGAAACGAAGACUUAUGACAGGAGUCAGCCUGAGGUUGAAGAGGUGUCGAGGGAUGAGAAUCGAGGGCACAAGCGGGGUAAGAAGAAGAAGAGCCAAAGGAGGAUGAUCAAGGAGCGGGGUGAGAGUAGCGAUGAGGAGAAGGGGAAGAGGCGGAGGAGUCGCGAUAGGGGACAUGAUAGGCAUAGGAGCAAGAGCAGGGACCGUGAGCGCGGCCGGCGCAGCGGCAAGGAUACGUACAAGGAUAGGGACGAUGAUAGGCGCAGGAGCAGGAGUAGGAGCAGAGAUAGAGAACAUGAGAGGCACAUGAGUAGGGACAGGCGCAGAAUUAAAGACAGGAGUAGCAGUAGAGACAGGCACAAGGAGCAAAAUAGGCGCAAAAGCAACGAUUGCAGUAGGCACGAAUGUAGCAAGGACAAGGACGAAUACCGCAAGAAGCACGAGAGGCGGCCCAGGAGCCGCGAGAGAAGCAGGCGCAGAGACGACCGUGACAAGCACAAGUACGACGAGUCUGAGCGUGAGUAUGAUUCUUCGCCUUCCAGACGCAGCUCGUCAAGCUCAUCAAGCGCGUCGCGAUCGAAUUCACGGCGAAUGGGUGCGACCAUGGGCUGUGUUCUUUGGCCAGAAGCCAGGUUCCAAUGUUAUGUGUACGGUGAUUUCGAAUCUGAACUGCAGCACUGUAUAUGUUUUUACUUUUUGAGUGGUAUAUAUAUUUCAAAAUUUACAAUUAUGUCAUCAAAAUACCAAACAAGGCGUUGUGACGGAGUGGUUAACGUGAUUGACUCGAACCAAUCGGGCUUGGCGCGAUUUGCGAUAUCAAUUUCCUUCGGGAGCGCAGGUUCGAAUCCUGCCGACGUCGGUUUUUUUAACUGAUUGGUGCCCUCGAUUUUUUUCAAUACCCUAAGCACUUAUACUAGACCG